UGGAACAAAGAAGCUGCGCAGCACCAUCCGGCGGAGCACAGAGACAGGCAUCGCGGUGGAGAUGAGGAACCGGGUCACACGACAGGGCAGUAAGGACUCAACAGAUGGCAGCACCAACAGCAACAGCUCUGAUGGGACCUUCAUCUUCCCCCCCACUCGCCUCGGCCCUGAGAGCCAGUUCAGUGACUUCCUGGACGGUCUCGGUCCCGCUCAGAUAGUGGGGCGGCAGACAUUAGCCACACCGCCGAUGGGUGAUGUUUACAUCGGUGUGGUGGAUAGAGGGGGUCAGUUAGAGGUCGAGAUCACACAGGCCCGAGGUCUGACCCCUAAACCAGGCUCAAAGAACAUUCCAGCAACAUAUGUAAAGGUUUAUGUCCUGGAGAAUGGAAUGUGUCUCGCUAAGAAGAAAACCAAAGUGGUGAAGAAAACCCUGGAUCCAACCUUCCAGCAGUCCCUGAUGUUUGACGAGAGCCCGCAGGGGAAAGUGCUGCAGAAAAAGACCAUGGUUUUAUCAAACUUCCCCGCAGAGUACUUGGACCUGAAGGAAGUGUUCACCAAGGAGACAGCAGAACCCCGUCCACUCUUCGCAUCACACCAUCAGAUCAUCACUUACCUCUCUGCUCGCUUCCCCGCAGCUCCUGUGUCACCCUCUCCUGCUGCAACUCUUCACCGCACUUCGGAUCCUCCACUCACCUACCUCUUCCUGGACUGUGUUUCCCCGGCCAAGUAUCAUCUGUGUUUCCACCUUUAUGCCUGUCAGAAUGCGGCAGAAUGA